AAAGACUAGAGAAAGAAGAAACAAUGAUUGGGUUGUAGUGGCAUGCACUUAAAUCAAAAACCCCAAGAGAGGGGGAAGAAGUUACAUAGGCCCUUGAACAGUGCAAAUGUGGAACCUUGAAGUAGUGAAACAGAACGACCAAGAGAAUCUUAGCUGUAUGCAACACAACACAAAACCACCCAAAUUCACUCACUCUCUCACCCUUUUCAUCUCAUCAUCAUAAAAUUCAACCUUUUCACAAUUUAAAUCACUUCCUUCUCUGCAACAAAAGUUCCCACUGCCAUUACUACUUAUCUCACUCACUCUCAAACCCUCACUCACUCACUUCACACAACAAUGCAAACCUUCUUCUUGUACCUUUUCCUUUUCUUCUUGUUAUGUGCACUUCAACAACUAGCCUCAUCCCAACCCUUCUUCCUCAAUAGAAGGAUCCUCCAUGAACCCUUUGUUCCUUUAACCAGUACUCUUCCACCUUCUGAGGCACCAAAGCCACAACCUCUUCAUGCUUCUCCUUCAAGCCAAAAACAAAAACCAAAUCCAAAAUAUCCAUCAUCUACCAUUCCCACAACCUCUACCACUGCCACAGCAGUACCAACACCAACAACAGCUACAACUACAACACAAUCACCAUUUUUCCCAUUAUACCCUUCUUCCCCUCCACCUCCUUCUCCAAUCACCUUUGCUUCCUUCCCUGCCAACAUUUCCUCUCUCAUUCUCCCUCACUCUCCCAAACCCAAUUCUUCCUCCAACAAACUCCUCCCUGUUGCUCUCUCCGCCGUCGCCGCUGCGGUCCUCGCUAUAAUCAUCUCCGCCGUCGUCUGUUACCGCCGUCGCCGGAACCAUCCCCUCGCCGCCGAAGGCAAACUUAUCCGAUCCGACACCGACCUCCGCCUGCUCCGGCACAAUGCCGAAACCGCCGUCGAAACUCGCAAGCUCCGGCACACGUCUUCCGCCAGCUCCGAGUUUCUAUAUCUAGGAACAGUAGUUAACUCGCACGUAACUGACGAUAGCGCCGACGUCUCCGACGCCGGCGGCGACCGGAAAAUGAAAUCGCCGGAGCUCCGGCCACUUCCGCCCCUCGCGCGACAAGCUUCCUUGCCGCCGCCGCCGCCGUGCGAGGAGGCGGGGUUCACCACCGCGGAGGAGGAGGGGGAGGACGAUGAGGAGUUUUACUCGCCGAGAGGCUCCUCGUUAGGAGGCUCCGGCGGAACCGAAUCGGGUUCCCGGCGAAUUUUCGCCGCUGGAGGAAGAAGCGUCAUCUCUAGUUCGUGCUCUUCCUCUUCUUCCGCCUCGCCGGAAAGGUCACACUCUAUCGCGAAUUCGCCGUCGGCGAGUUCGAGUUCCCGGAGAACACAGCCAAAGUCUCCUGAAAAUUACAACCACCAACACGUGCAAUCUUCUUCUUCUCCUUCGUUGUGCUCAACACCAGAAAGGGUUUUUACUGAACAUAAUUCAAAUGAAGCAUUAAGUGCAUGUACACAUGCACAUGCAUCAUCAUCAUCAUCAUCAUCAUCAUUACAUGAAGGAACGUUGGAGAAAAAUGAAAAUGCAUUAUCAUCAUCACUACCACCACCACCACCACCACCGAGACUAUCUAAUGCUUCUUCGUCUUCUUCGGCUUUUUCUCUUCCCUCUUCGCCGGAGAAGGUGACACGUAAUAACACUUUCGAUCAGUCUCCAAGAAUGUCGAGUGUCUCCGACGGACUAAUGUUACCGGGUUUGUCAUCGGUGCCUUUGUCACCCGCCCUAUUGUCAUCACCGGAAACCGAAAGGGGAACUUUUAAUGGAUGGAGAACAAGUUCUUUUGGUGCGGCUGCGCCGCAGAGGAAACAAUGGAAUCUUCCGGUGCUAUCACUAACACCACCCUUUGAUGAAAUUGGAACGGUUCCGGCUCCUCCACCUUUGCCACAGAGGAAGCACUGGGAGAUUCCGGGUUCUGGUCCGCCACCGCCGCCACCAUUGCCACGGCAAAGGAAACAGUGGGGAGUGCCAGCGCUUGCACUGGGGUCCUCGACACCGAUUUCGAGGCCGCCAGAAUUGUUGCCUCCUUCGAGACCUUUUGUGUUGCAAAACCAAGGAAGCAAUGUCGAGUUGCCGGCGAGUUUGGGGGAAAUUGAAGAGACUAGUAAACCAAAAUUGAAGCCCCUGCAUUGGGACAAAGUAAGAACCACCUCUGAUCGUCAAAUGGUGUGGGAUCAGAUGAAGUCCCGCUCGUUUAAAUUGAAUGAGAAAAUGAUUGAAACAUUGUUUGUAGUGAACACACCAAACCCAAACUCAGUUUUUCACCAGCCGAAUCAGGAGGAAAGAGUACUCGAUCCUAAAAAGUCUCAGAAUAUUUCAAUCUUGCUGAAAGCACUUAAUGUCACUAUAGAAGAAGUGUGUGAAGCACUCUUAGAAGGUAGUACUGAUACACUUGGAACAGAAUUACUUGAAAGCUUAUUAAGAAUGGCACCAAGCAAGGAAGAAGAAUGUAAGUUGAAGGAACAUAAAGAUGACUCACCAACCAAGCUUGGUCCGGCUGAAAUUUUUUUGAAGGCAGUGCUUGAUGUACCUUUUGCAUUUAAAAGGAUUGAAGCGAUGCUUUAUAUAGCCAAUUUUGAGUCUGAAGUGGAGUAUCUUAGGACAUCCUUUCAAACUCUACAGACUGCCUGUGAAGAGCUGCGACAUUGUAGAAUGUUCAUGAAGCUUCUGGAGGCUGUACUUAAAACUGGGAACCGCAUGAAUGUGGGGACCAACCGCGGGGAUGCAGAGGCAUUCAAACUUGAUACUCUUCUCAAACUGGUUGACGUCAAAGGCGCAGAUGGGAAAACCACUCUACUGCAUUUUGUUGUACAGGAAAUUAUCCAAACUGAAGGUGCUUGUCUCUCGGGCACUAAUCAAACUCCAAGCUCUACUUUGAGUGGAGAUGCCAAGUGUAGGAGGCUUGGACUACAAGUUGUAUCAAGCCUGAGUUCCGAGCUAGCAAAUGUGAAGAAGGCAGCAGCUAUGGAUUCUGAAGUUCUCAGCAGUGAUGUCUUGAAACUUUCCAAAGGAAUUGCUAGCUUAGCAGAGGCUGUGCAAUUAAACCAAACCAUGGCAUCAGAUGAAAGCAGUCAGAAAUUCACAGAAUCAAUGAACAAAUUCAUCAGAAUGGCUGAGGAGGAAAUUCCAAAAAUUCAAGCCCAAGAAAGUGUUGCUUCCUCCCAUGUGAAGGAGAUUACAGAGUAUUUUCUUGGGAACUUGACAAAGGAAGAAGCUCAUCCAUUUAGAAUAUUCAUGGUUGUAAGAGACUUCCUAGCAGUUCUUGACCGGGUCUGCAAAGAAGUUGGAAUGAUAAAUGAGAGAACUAUGGUUAGUUCAGCUCAUAAAUUCCCUGUGCCAGUUAACCCUAUGCUUCCACAACCCCUUCCUGGAUUACAUGAGAGACAACAGUAUAAUGACUCUUCAGAUGAUGAUAGUUCAUCUUCAUCACCAUAGCUAUAUCACUCAUGAAAAUGACUUUUUGGCUGCAUCUUCUCCUAAAAACCUGGGACCCAGGUGAUUUUUGAUUGGUCAGAGCUUGCAUGCUCUGGCCAAAAUUGGUGUAAUUUUUUCUCUCGUUAAAUUUGUAAAAAUCCUUGUAAAAGAUUUCAGUUUAUGUAGAUUAUAUAGAGAGAGUAAAAGAUUUUCUCUGGGGAAAAAAGACUGGAUAUGUACGAUAAUGUUGUUGUAAGCAUGUACAAAGCAUUUCAAUUGUUUCCAACAAAAAAGCUUCAGUUAGAGAUAACCUUUGCUUGCAAUUGACAUUAUCCUACAAUCAUAAUUCGGGAUGUUGUGCAAAGAAUUUCAAUAAAAGAGCCGUUCUGUAUAA